AUGCCAGAAUGCAAAUCCCUGAGCAGGAGUAAUGACUCUUCAGGAAAUGACACUUACUUUGACAGAUGGGAGUUUUGCUUGGACCAGGGCUAUGUUGCACCAGUGCUUUGCCAUGCUGUCCAGGCCCUGUGCUUCCUACUGGGGACACCAGCUCUGGUCUGGCCCCUGCUACAGAGCUGCAUCUGUGUGGAGCGCUACCUGGCGGUGGUCCACCCUGUGUCUUUCCUCAAGUACAGACUCCGGAGUGAUGCAUCUUCUACCUGCGCUGACUCCACCUGCGCUGACUCCACCUGCGCUGACUCCACCUGCGCUGACUCCACCUGCACUGACUCCACCUGUGCUGACUCUACCUGUGCUGACUCUACCUGCGCUGACUCUACCUGCGCUGACUCUACCUGCGCUGACUCUACCUGCGCUGACUCCUCCUGCACUGACUCUACCUGCGCUGACUCUACCUGCGCUGACUCUACCUGCGCUGACUCUACCUGCGCUGACUCCACCUGCGCUGACUCCACCUGUGCUGACUCUAACUGCGCUGACUCCUCCUGCGCUGACUCCUCCUGCGCUGACUCCUCCUGCGCUGACUCCUCCUGCGCUGACUCCUCCUGCGCUGACUCCUCCUGCGCUGACUCUACCUGCACUGACUCCUCCUGCGCUGACUCCACCUGCGCUGACUCCUCCUGCGCUGACUCCACCUGCGCUGACUCCUCCUGCGCUGACUCCACCUGGGCUGACUCCACCUGCGCUGACUCCUCCUGCGCUGACUCCACCUGCGCUGACUCUACCUGCGCUAACUCUACCUGCGCUGACUCUACCUGCACUGACUCCUCCUGCGCUGACUCCUCCUGCGCUGACUCCUCCUGCACUGACUCCUCCUGCACUGACUCCUCCUGCACUGACUCUACCUGCACUGACUCUACCUGUACAGACUCAGAUUAA